AGAGAGAAAGGCAGAGAGGGAAGGGGAAGGAAAGUGAGGCGCUGAUCACCUUCCAGAGCACAACACGCUGCUCGGUUCAGAAGGUGCUGCUCUCGGUGCCUCGCCGACCACCGGAUGGGGUCCACUAGCGUCUCGCUGCGCGUCACCAGGCGUGGAUUCAGAGCAGCCGAGCGGCCAACAUGUAGCCGCAGACCCACCUGUGAUCCGAGCUGGUCCGCCCUGAACAGCCCCGCCUGUCCGCUCUGAAGCUCCCGGAGACACCGCAGGCGGUCCGGAGUCGCCAUGAGCUCCAAGGCCGAGCCCAAGCGCCCGGGGGUGGAGAGGAGGCGCAGCCCGCUGGAUCAGCUCCCACCUCCGGCCAACUCCAACAAGCCGCUGACGCCUUUCGGCAUCGAGGACAUCCUCAGCAAGCCGUACGCGAAGAGGAGCCACCUAGCCCCCCGCGGAGAGAACGUCCCGUCGGGGGGGCACAGCCCCACGGGCCGGGAGCUGCUGGGUCAGAGCUCCCCGCUGUGCGCGCUGGAGGAGCUGGCCAGCAAGACUUUCAGAGGGCUGGAGGUCAGCGUCCUGCAGGCUGCAGAGGGCCGGGACGGAGCGGCGCUCUUCGGUCAGAGGAACGCUCCUAAGAAGCGGCGGAAGUCGCGCACGGCCUUCACCAACCACCAGAUCUACGAGCUGGAGAAGCGCUUCCUGUACCAGAAGUACCUGAGUCCGGCCGACCGGGACCAGAUCGCGCAGCAGCUGGGCCUGAGCAACGCGCAGGUCAUCACCUGGUUCCAGAACCGGCGCGCGAAGCUGAAGCGGGACCUGGAGGAGAUGAAGGCGGACGUGGAGUCGGCGCGGGCCGCGGGCACCGUGGCCUUCGACAAGCUCUCCAAGCUGGCCGAGCUGGAGAGGUGCGCGGCGGCGGGCGGGUUCACGCCGAGCCGGGUCUCCGACGGCGGCGGCCUGGACUCGAACGGGCCGCGCGCAUCGCCUCCCUCACCCGCAGGAGAACUGAGCAGCGCGUGCUGCUCCGAGGAGGAGGAGGAGGAGAUUGAUGUGGACGACUGAAAAGUAAAAAUAAUAAAAAUAAUAUAAGUCUAAGAGGAAAGGACACAGUUAAUAUUCAGAGACAGUUCACAUAAACACUUUAAAGGUACUCAAUCCAUCAGCACGACAUGUAAGGAAAUCUGUGUUUGGUAGAUAAUUUCUUUGUUAUAAUGCAUCUUGGCAAUAAUUCUUGGAAAUCCUGUUAAUUUCACUUUUAACUGGUAUCACAUUUGUAAGGAACAUGCAUUUGUGAAGCUGAGUGGGUUGUGCACAAAAAAUGCCAAAUCUUCUCUGCCAAGCAUCUUAUUUUGUUUUGAACUUCUCCAGAUGCUGCCAAUCAUUUGCCCACUAUAAGAUUUACUGCCAAGAAGCACUCACCCCUGGAGGCUGUAACUUUUAAUGAAGGUAACCCAAUCUUUACAGAGAGGCCUCAUAUUGGUAAGACACACUGACUCUGUUCCUCUGUUUAAAGCACAUCGCUGCUCAAAUGAAAUACACGACUGGGUGUUCAAUUCAGUUCGUCGCUCACAAAAUUUCCUUCAGUGACAAAGAAAUAAUCUAUCCAACUCAAAUUUACUUACAUUUUGUGCUAAAUCAAAUCGUGUCAUUUAAGACUUUCCAUCAGUAGCUGUUUUUUCAGAUAUAUUGAUAUCGAAUUCUGAAACGCUGGUACACACUCAAUGUAAACAAAUAUGUGUGGUCACAGUCUUAGCAGGUCGGUGGUGUCCAGUCCUCCAGGGUCAGCAUCCUGCAGGUUUUAGAGGUUUCUCUGCAACUCCUGAAUGAAUGAAUGAAUGAAUGAAUGAAUGAAUGAAUGAAUGAAUGAAUGAAUGAAUGAAUGAAUGAAUGAAUGUGUAGUUAACAAGCUUCUGUAGAACUUGCAGAGGUAACUCACUCACUGAAUCAAGUGUGUUGGAGCAGGGGUUCAAGUGAAACACCAACAAAUAUGCUGGAAUCGAAAACAACAAUUUGGUAGAAAAUUUAAGAGUUAAUUUGCUGCUAGAUGUGAAAGAAAAGAGAAACAACGAUCACGACUAAAUAUUGGGGACCAAGCCAGACGGGGUUCAAAUUUCAAACAAUAUUUUUGUGGAUUUCCUGCCAACCGUGAUUUUAAUAUUUAUUAUUAUUAUUAAUUAUCUUUUUAUCUGCACACUUUCCUCAAAAUACGCACCGUUACAUCAAUAUGUCAAUAGAUGUUGAUGUUGUUGACCUAUAGUUUCUUUAGCUGUUUCUGUAAACAAGUGCAUGUGUUCACUGGCAGCCAUUUUGAUCACCUUGAACCAAAAUAACCUGUUUUUUUUUCCUAAGAGGAAUAUAAUAGGGAUUUUGAUUCCUACGUCACAAAUUACCUGUAUUUUUCAUGACGUUGCAACGAGUACCUUUAAAUGGUUUCAGUGAAGCUUUUUGUAAGUUCAAGGGGAAUGUUUUUCUUUUUUUUCUGUUUUAGAGACGAUAAUCAGUCCAGAUUUGAUAUAUUUAUAACACUUUGUACUCUUGAAGUGCCUUCAGAGUGAGCUGCUGCAGCACACAUGUAGAAAGUGUAAAAAUCCUGAUUAUGUCAAAUAAAAUCAGACAUUUAAAUAAUUUAAA